GGAGAACUGGUUUGCUGUGUAGCCUUCAGCGUCUACUCGAUACUCUGACGACAAAACACGCGCACCUAAACUAACCCCAGAGCUCGCGCGGAGUUCAGAUACCAUACAAACAGCGGUGGCGGGAGAUUGGGAGGACUUCGCGAGGAUGGAUGAUUUCGGAGUUUAUGCCGCUUUCGGAGUAAAUGGUCCGCCUCAGAAGCUUCUGAGCGCUGAAGGCUCUAGCAGGGUCCGCGUUGCAGUUCCACCAAGCGUCCGCCAGGUGGUGCUGUUUAGCAGCGGCCGGUGGGGGGAGAGGAUCUGCGUCAACGCAGAGCUCAACGAUUCUGAUCGGAUGCCCAUCACUAUUGGAAAACUGACUCCUUAUAACAAAUGUUUGUCAUGGGAGCAGUGGGAAGAGGAGACCUGGAUAGACAGUGUGACACUGAACGUCUCUCUGGAGGGAGGAAACCUGUCAACAGAACCAGAGGUCAUCAUGGCUGUGAAGGAAUACACACCAAAGGACACGGCUGCUCCACCCGCAGCCCGAGAGCUCCACGGCAAGAGGAAAAGAGAGCAAACUGCAGAAGAAGAAGAAGGCAAUGACUGGACAAAGCGAAGAGAAGAAGAAGAGAACAUGUGUCCAAAUGCAACUAGUGAGAAGACCACACCUGUGCGCAAGGUCAGAGGUCAAGCCAAAGGCAGCCAGAAGCUGUUUGCAAGCGGUGCCGAUACCACCAAGCUGAAGGGAGCAGGUGAAAAAGGAGCAGCAGAGAUGCAGGGGACUGUGGGAAGAACGCCUCCUCAGAGUGCAGUCAGGACGAAGAGUAGGCAGGCCAAGGCUCCCGCACACACUGCUCCGUUGGCCAGCCCGUCAGGUCGCUGGGGUCAGACGUUAUGUCCCAUCGAUGCUCAAACAGCAAUUCUGAUUGGAGGCCAGGGAGCCAGGAUGCAGUUCUGCAAAGAUCCCAUGUGGAAGCUCUGCACAGAGGACAUGUCCUGGGUGGCCGCGGAGACUCUGGCAGAGGGUCCGACCCCUGAGGCCAGGAUCGGCCACACAGCCGUCUACGACCCCGACUCAAGAAGGAUCUUUGUGUUCGGGGGCUCUAAAAACAAGAAGUGGUUCAAUGACGUGCACAUCCUGGACACGCAGAGCUGGAAGUGGACCAUGGUAGAGGCUCAGGGUAAGGUUCCUCCCCUGGCCUACCACAGCUGCAGUAUGUUUCAGGGUGAGCUAUUCGUGCUGGGAGGGGUGUUUCCUCGGCCCAACCCAGAGCCCGAUGACUGUAGCGACUCUCUGUAUAUCUUCGACCCCCGCCUCUCCAUCUGGUACCAGCCCAUCGUCACCGGAGACAAACCCUCCCCCCGCUCAGGUCAUUCUGCAUGCGUGAUGCAGGAGAGGAAGAUCUAUGUGUUUGGUGGCUGGGACACUCCUGUAUGCUACAAUGACAUGUACAUGUUGGACCUUGGUCUGAUGGAGUUUUCUGCAGUCAAAACAACUGGGAAUCCCCCCUCUCCUCGAAGCUGGCACGGCAGCGCUGUGCUGUCAGACACAAAGUUCCUGAUCCACGGUGGUUACAACGGAAACAAUGCCCUCAGUGACGCCUUCAUCUUUGAUAUAGACACCAACAGCUGGACAGAGGUGAGUGUGCCUGAGCUGUCUGUACCCAGGGCGGGGCACUCCAUCAUCACCAUGGAGACGGCCGGUCACCGCUGCUUCUCGGAGGAAGAUGAAGACGCGGCUAUGAACGGCGGCAGAACCCUGCUGGUGUUCGGAGGCGGGGACAACGAGGGCAACUUCUACUCCGACCUGACGACUGUCGCCGUGGAGGAGCUGCUCGGUGCUAUUUAAAGAGAGCGAGUCAGAGGUGAAUACUCUCUGCCUCACUGGAUGUAAAGCUAUUUUAACACCCUCACCCUUUGUUAUUUAUAAUCCUGUGGGGUUUUUUUCCUUUUCUGUUGAACGUCUCCUUUCUUCUUUCGCUUUAAAAGGUUUCACCAGUUUUAUUUGAUACAUCUGAGCAUCUAAAGAGAGACCUCAAAAGAUCAAUGUGUCGUGAAAAAAGGAUUAAGAAAGAGAUUUCUCUCAUUAUGGAGCUCCCACUCAUAAAAACAAUAUCUGCUUUAAAGCAAAGGGAAGAUUUGAUGAUGUAAAUAUGUUUGUUUUUCCUCAGGUACUUUUUUUAAAAUGUUGGUUUAUAUUGAUUGUGUUUUUUAAAAACUGAGGCUCUACUUUAGUUCAGAAUAUAUAUAUUUUUUCUUGCAGAUAUAUGUAAGUGCAUUGCAGUUUUUUUACAAUGUUUAUUCCUUCUUUUGUUUGUAUUUGUCAUCAUCUCCAAACUAGGGGGGGGGGAUUUUCUAUUCAUGUCACUGGGCUGUACCAUUUUGCUUUUCUGAUUUUACUCAAUACACAUUAAAAGGUAAUUAUUGUUUAA